AGAAGAAGAAGAAGAAGAAGAAACAAAUAAAAAGAAAAAGGGGAAAACAUUUUUAUCCGGACUUCAUCUUUCCUGAAGGACAUAUUUACAUUCUCCCAUCCUUACAUUUAACUUUUUAAAGCAUGGGACGAAGGAAAUAAUUGCAAUAAUUUAGUCGCAGGGAGUGGUAGAGGCGAGAGAAAGUUUUUAUAUUCUUUUUAUUAUUAUUAUUAUUAUUAUUAUUAUUAUUAUUAUUGACACAGACAGCAGUUAUUAGUAGUGGGAGAAAAAAAUAGGCAUAACUGCUCGUAAGUAGUUUAAAUAUAGUUUUGCUGUUGACAACCGCUGUCAACGAACUACAGAUGACAACUUUCAGAAAGUUCUCUUUCUUAAUAAUAUUUACCACGUUUGUUUCAUUGGAUGUGUGAUCGUUAACGAAGGAAAGUUCAGCUUUGAAGAUAACUGACGCAACUGCUUUAUGAGACAUCAUCCUCAACAACCAUGAAUACCACCAACAACUUCAACAAUCUUCCUUAUGAACAACAACUGUUAAAAAUCAAUGAAGAAAAGGUUCAUGAUUUUUUACUUGCCUUUAUUUAUCUGUGUGUUGCCAUGAUAAUGGGUGUUAUUGGCAAUGCCUUUGUCAGUUACAUUUACCAUUACAAACUGAGGCAAACUCCAGCCAAUUUGUUUGUUGUCAUACUAAGCUUCUGUGACUUUCUUGCCAGUUUAAUAUGUAUACCUAUGGAUAUUGCUAUCCUUACACUGCCAUAUGUAUUUGAAAAUGAUCCCGCAUGUCGUGUAAUAAGAUUCUUUGUCAUGGAUUUAUCCAUCACUUCUGGAGUCAUUGUCUUUGCCAUUUCUAUAGACCGUUUCAAGAAAGUAUGUUUGCCUUUGAAGAAACAAUUCACUCGACGCCAGGUUGGAAUCAUUUCAGCUGUAGUCAUCAUCUUUGCAACAGUUCUAUCAUUGCCAGGCGUUUAUGUUUAUGGAACCAAACAUUUUAGAAUACCAGGAACUCACUUGAACGGCUCUAUUUGCUCCAUAUCAGAGAAAGCUCACAAGAGUGUUUCCGCUGGUUUUCUAAUCCUUCUCAUGUCCGUAUGUUUACUUCUGUUAAUAACAUUCAGUACAAUUUAUUGUUUGAUUGCAAUAAAAUUGUGCCGCUACAAAAAGCAAAGAACAUCAUUGGCUGACUCCAUGAAAGUGAAAUCUGUUAGUCAUGAUGACAAUUCAAGAGAGUUGACCGACAGUAAUGACUACAUCAAAGAAAGCCGCCGUAUUGACAAGAUACAGAAGUCAAAAUCGAAAGGUUUUAGUUUGGAGAAGGAAACAUUUCGUGUUCGCUCAAACACACAGACAACUAUAAGAGAGCCAACUUCUUUCAUGAAUAUGACACGAACAACUUUAAUUAUGUUCUUUGUGACUCUCACUUGGGUAUUAAGUUACAUCCCUCAUUUAGCUUCAGUUUUAACAUUAAGCAGAAAUGCAGAAUUUAAAGAGACACUAAGUCCGACUAACAGUGCCCUCUUUGAGAUUGCACUGCGUUCUUUCUACUUAAAUAACAUGAUUAAUCCAUUCAUUUAUGGCAUAUUCAACUUUCGAUUCCGCAAUGAAGUUAUUGCAUUACUGCGAAAGACUUUCUGUUGUUUAAAAUUGAAACCAUCUUCUUGAGGAAACCAUUUCUCUUUUGUUCCCUUUGUAUUUUUAUUGAAUAAUGGAAUGCUGCUCCCAUACCAAGGAUAGUGUUGUUAUUACUGGACUGCCUUCAAAAUGUAAACGAAAGCUUCCCAGCUAAUUACUAAGGAUUCAUUGACCAACUUAUUAUUCUUACCUGUAGCCCAUAAGCUCACUCUAUCAUUUCUACUUUAACUACAUCAACCUCUGCACCUUGGAGCCAACCAGAUCUUUAUCCUUUUAUCUUUUAUGUGUUUCAGUCAUCAGACAGGACUGUGGUCAUGCUGGAGCACCACCUUGAAGGCUUUGAUUGAAAAAAUUGAAACCCAGUACUUAAUGUAUUUUUUUAAAGUCUGG